AUGCCCAGGCAGCCCGAAGGGGAAAGUCGACCCCUCAUGGACAAGGCCCGGAGGAAACAGUCCAGCCACAGGCGGAUCAAGAUUGUGGUCUUCUCCCGGGCCCGGCGACAGCAGGCGGCGGCCGGGCCUAGCACGCAGCCCGGGAGACCCGGGGCGGGCGCGGAGGGCUCCCCCGAGGGCUACCGCGCGGCGGCGCCCGUGCAGCACGGAGCCGGCGAUGCGGGCCAGCGACGCGAGAGCGCCCACGCGCGCAAGAUGAAGAUGUUCCUGAUCUGGCUGCUGCUGCUGGACGCGCGGAGAGAUCUGCGGCUCCCGCCCGCCCGGCGGCUUCUCAACACCAAGGACUUGACCCAGCCGGGUUCCCCGCCUCCCAGCGCGCCAAGGCUGCAAGCCGCGGGACAGCAGCGGGAGCCGCGCCAGUCCCGGAGACCCAGCCCUGGCCCAGAAGGCGGGGUCUCGGGCCUGGGGGCGGAGGCCAGCAGGGAAAAGCACGCCCCCCACUCCGGUGGGGAGAUAGAGGCGUCCCGGCCCGAGGACAGUCUGGAGCCGAGCUGUGGUCCUCUGGCCCGGGAGAGCAGCGACCUCGCCGCAGCGGGAACGCGCGGGGCGCGGGGAGCCGGGGCGAGGCGCAGCCCGAAGCUGGCGUCUGUGCGGGUGCCCCGCCGGGCCCGCCGGCUGCCCUCCCUGGGUCGCGUGGCCGUGGUGGUGGACCAAGGCUCGGGCUUCGUGAAGGCAGGCUUCGCCGGGGAGGCCCAGCCGCGCCUGGUGCUCAAGAGCUCCAGCCUGGUGCCCCGCGAGGACCGGCCCGCGCUGUCAGGCCCGGAGGGCUGCGCGCUGGCGGAUGGCACGGUGCGGGCGCACCCCAUUAAGCACGGCGUGGUGGUCAACUGGGAGGCGCUGGAGGGCCUGUGGGAGCGCCUGCUGCUGGGAGGCCUGCGGGUGCUGCCCGAGCAGUGGCCCGUGCUGGUGAGCAACUCCCCGACGGCGCCACCCUCGGGCCGCGAGCGGGUGGCCGAGCUGCUGUUCGAGGCCCUGGCAGUGCCCGCGUGUCACAUGGCCAGCACCGCCCUGCUGGCGCUCUGCUCCACCGGCGUGCUCUCAGGGCUGGCCGUGGAGGCGGGCGCCGGCGUGUGCCACGCCACCCCCGUCUAUGCGGGCCACUCCUGGCUGGAGGCCACCUUCAGGAUGAACGUGGCCGGCAGCGCCCUGUCGCGCUACUUGCGCGACCUGCUGGUGACCGCGAGUCCCAAUCUGCCGUGGCAGGGCUUGUCCCGCAAGGCCAUCACCAAGCUCAAGAAGCACUGCUGCUAUGUCUCACAGGACUUUGAACGUGACCUCCGGGACCCUGACCGCCAACACCCGGCCAGUUUCUGCUUAGCCAACGGGUACCCAGUCUGCCUUAGCAGAGAACGCUUCUGCUGCCCGGAACCCAUCUUCCAGCCAGGUUUGCUGGGCCAGUCUGAGCCAGGAUUGCCCACGCUGGCCUUUCAGGCCCUGCAGAAGGUGCCCACCACGCUGCGGGGGCGGCUGGCCAACACCGUGGUGCUGGCCGGGGGCUCCACACUCUUCCCUGGCUUCACUGAGCGCCUGCAUAAAGAGCUGGAGGCCCAAUUCCAGCAGCACGGUGACCAGGCACUGCAGCCAUGCCUGGUGGCCCACCCUGGGCGAGGCACCGCUGUAUGGACAGGCGGCUCCAUGAUGGCCUCGUUGCACUCCUUCCAAUGCCACUGGAUGACUCGGGCUAUGUACCAGGAGUGCGGCUCCAGGCUGGUGCACGAAGUGUUCAACUGAGCACAGACUGGCAAAGUGUGGGAUGGCAGGGCAGGGGGCCCCAGGAGGGCAGCAGCAGCCCAGCUGCAGCUCUAUCAGGCCAGGAGUGUGGAUAAAAGUCUCAAGUGACUGCAGUUGGCAUCAGUAUGUGGUCAAGAUGGUCACCCCAUCGCCCUUUCUGGGACCAAACGGUAGUUGGGACCCCCACUUUGUCCUACGUUUUAAUGACCCCCUCACUAGUGCCAGCUUGAAAAAUGCCACUUUAGCUGCCCACCCAGGACCCUGUUUCCAUGGCAACAAGACAGGUACUGCCCCUCACUUGAAACCAGGCCACAUGUGUAGAAAUCCUUGUUACACACCAGCCCCACAUCCUGCACCAACUGGACACACUUUCUGGCCAGGCCCAAAGGACCACCCCUUCCUGGGGACAAAGCCAUAGUACAGCAUUUGCCUUGCAUGUGGCCUACCCAGGUUUGAUUCUCUGGCACCACAUGUGGUGCCCCAAGCUUGUCAGGAGUGAUCCCUGAG